CAGAAAAACACAGAGAGAGAUUUUCAAAUUUUGCUUGCGAGAAGAAGAAGACAAGUGAAUUUGUCUGAGACCAGCAAUGGAAGCGAAGAAGGUGAAAACGUUUUCGUUUUUGUUGCUAUUCUUUUCACAAUUUAUGUUAGGACUGGCAGAACCUAGUGAUGAUAAGCCUAAGCUUGGAACUGUUAUCGGAAUCGAUCUUGGAACUACGUACUCUUGUGUGGGAAUGUACAAGAAUGGUCAUGUAGAGAUAAUAGCGAAUGAUCAAGGCAACAGGAUAACCCCUUCCUGGGUCGCAUUUACGGAUACAGAGCGUCUCAUAGGAGAGGCUGCGAAGAAUCAAGCGCCUCUCAACUCAGAGCGCACCAUUUUUGAUGUCAAGCGUCUCAUUGGGAGAAAGUUUGAUGAUGCAGAUGUUCAGAGGGACAUUAAAUACUUACCUUAUAAGGUGGUGAACAAAGAUGGAAAGCCUUACGUACAAGUCAAAGUCAAAGGUGAAACCAAGGUGUUUAGCCCUGAGGAAAUAAGCGCUAUGGUUUUGGGAAAGAUGAAGGAGACGGCUGAGCAGUAUUUGGGGCGUCAAAUUAAAGACGCCGUCAUAACUGUUCCAGGUACAAAUUUUGUUGUGCUUAUAACUCGAUCAUUGUAUUUUGUUUCGUUUUGUUUUUUAAUUGUUAAUGGAGUUUUAUGUUUGCUUGUAGCUUAUUUCAAUGAUGCGCAAAGGCAGGCGACAAAGGAUGCAGGCACCAUAGCCGGGCUAAAUGUUGCACGAAUCAUCAAUGAACCCACAGCUGCAGCUAUUGCCUAUGGUCUAAAGGAGAAAGGAGAGAAGAACAUUUUGGUCUUUGAUCUUGGAGGUGGAACGUUUGAUGUCAGCAUUUUGACUAUCGAUCAUGGAGUGUUUGAGGUUUUAGCUACAAGUGGAGAUACCCAUUUGGGUGGAGAGGACUUUGAUCACAGAGUGAUGGAUUAUUUCAUCAAGUUAAUUAAGAAGAAGCAUAACAAGGACAUUAGCAAGGACAACAAAGCUCUUGGGAAGCUUAGAAAGGAAUGUGAAAGAGCUAAGAGAGCUUUGAGUAACCAGCACCAAGUACGAGUUGAAAUCGAGUCCCUAUUCGAUGGAAUUGAUUUCUCUGAACCAUUGACCAGGGCUAAAUUUGAGGAACUCAACAUGGACUUGUUUAAGAAAACCAUGGGGCCGGUGAAAAAGGCUAUGGGAGAUGCAGGCCUGAAGAAAACUGAUAUCCAUGAGAUUGUGCUUGUUGGGGGAAGUACAAGAAUUCCCAAGGUCCAGCAACUUUUGAAAGACUUCUUUGAUGGGAAAGAACCAAACAAAGGUGUCAAUCCUGAUGAGGCUGUAGCCUAUGGCGCUGCAGUCGAAGGCGGUAUCCUUGGCGGCCAAGGCGGAGAGGAAACCAAAGGUUUGCUUUUACUUGAUGUGAUUCCUUUGAGUUUGGGUAUUGAAACUGCUGGCGGUGUCAUGACAAAAUUGAUUCCCAGAAACACGGUCAUUCCUACUAAAAAGUCCCAAGUGUUUACUACUUACCAAGACCACCAAACAACAGUCUCUAUCAAGGUAUAUGAAGGUGAAAGAACCUUGACAAAGGAUUGUCGUGAGCUUGGGAGGUUCGAUCUGUCUGGCAUCGCGCCUGCACCAAGGGGAGUGCCUCAAAUUGAAGUUACUUUUGAGGUUGAUCAAAAUGGGAUUCUACAAGUAAGAGCAGAAGACAAGGCAGCGAAGAAGUCAAAAUCCAUCACAAUCAAAAAUGAGAAGGGUAGUCUAAGCCAAGAAGAGAUUGAGAGAAUGGUAAAAGAGGCUGAAGAAUUUGCCGAAGAAGAUAAGAAGUUAAAAGAGAAGAUUGACGCCAGGAACAAGCUUGAAACUUACGUUUACAACAUGAAAAGCACUGUAAACGACAAGGACAAGCUUGCUGGUAAGAUCGAUUCAGAUGAUAAGGAAAUGAUCGAGAGCACUCUGAAGGAGGCUCUUGAAUGGUUGGAUGAUAACCAAAAUGUUGAGAAAGAAGAUUACGAUGAGAAACUAAAAGAAGUGGAGGAAGUGUGUAAUCCUGUUAUUCAAAAAGUUUACCAGAGAAGUGGUGGAGCUUCUUCUUCUUCCGAUGAGGACGAGACACACGAGGAGUUGUAGAGAAUUGAGUUGCUUGUAUUGAUGUUAGUAUAUAGUUUACAUCUUAUUGUUCUUCUCUUCUCUUCUCGUUAAAGAAGAUGUUAGUUUUCAAUUUCGUUUGCUUUCAAAUCAUUCAGUUGACUCUAAAUUUUUUUUAUGGACAUAAUUUUGAACAUUUUAAGUUCAGCUUCUAGUAAGAACACUUUUGUUACCUACUUACCGUUUUUUGAUAUAUUAAAACGAUUAGGACCUAAAAUAUUGUAACGGGAAAUUUUUAAGCUAUUUUACUAUUCCAAAUAUAUAACUAUAAUAUUUAAAUUGUUUGGCCAACGAGAUAAAAUAAUUGGACAGAAUAUUUUUUUUCUUUUUUUUGACACAAUGGGUGUGGGAUUAUUUAGUUCACACAAGAGUGUAAGUGAUAUAAUUCGACAUUGGUUGGAUUAUUUUAUAUAUGUUUUUUAAUCUUUUCAUUCUAUAUAGAGGC